AUGCCCGCAAAGCCACUGCCCUUCCCGGGCUUCACCCCUCUAUCGGACCGGGUGUACCUCCGCAAUGGGAACGAGAAUACUAAGCCAGCCCCGGCCGACGAGCCCACGACCAUCAUCAUUUUCGGCUGGGGCGACGGCAUGCCGAAGCACGUCGCCAAAUACUCCGACGGGUUUCAUGAUCUCUACCCGUCCGCUCGGAUUGUCGUUGUCCUGUCAGCCACCCUGCAAGCAUCCAAGCAGCCUCUCGAGGACAGGGUCAAGGCCAUGAUGCCCAUCAUUGAUACCGUAUUCCCGACUCCAACGGGCGACGGUGCCGAAGAGGAGCGCGUCCUGUUGCAUGCCAUGUCGAAUACCGGCGGCAUUUUUGUGGCCGCGGCUGUAACUGCAUACCAGGAACGACAUGGCGGUAACCAGAGACUCCCACAUGAGUUGCUGGUGUGUGACUCCACGCCCGGUGGCCUGGUUUUCUCGACGCAGGUUGGCCGCUGGUCCCGCGCAAUGGCAGUUGGGACCGCUAAGUUCUUCCCUGGCCGUUUGUCGUCACCCACGCUCUGUGGUAUACAAUGGCUAAGUGGCUCAGAGCCGUCGGGCGUGUGGGCCAACCGAGUGAUGAAUGAUGAAUCGUUCACAACAAGAAAGUCGAGCAGGCUCUAUAUUUACUCCAAAGAGGACGAGAUCAUUGGCUAUGAAGACUUGGAAGAAAACGUUGCGCAGGUUAAAACCCUCGGAUAUCGGGCUGUUGACACCGAAAUGUUCGAGGGCUCACCGCACGUCGGUCAUAUGAGAUUGCAUCCCGAACAAUAUUGGAAUCGAAUUUCAGAAUGUUGGAAGGCCGCGAUGGCGGCGGAAUGA